CCUGUUCCCGCUCAAGGCUCGAGCGUGUGUCACAUGACAUUUGUACUCUUGUCGGACUUUGGGACUGUACUCGAUGACUCCGGUCGGGUGGUUUCUUUUUUAAUUUUUCCGCGGUCUGUCUGUGUGCCUGUCUCCCUCCGUAGCAAAGUGAGCUCGCCUCAUGCUAACGCUAGCCAGGUGUUCGGCGGCGGAACUUCCACCUCGCUAGUCCGAGGAGAUGGAGAAAGGUAGCCCACGGAGCCCGGCGGAGCUCUUCCGCUUCCUCCAGGACCCCCACCUCGUCGCCCGCUUCCAGCACAUUUGCGGGGUGCGAGGGCUCGGGAAGCGAGGAGGGAGUCCGCUCUGCGAGAACUCUCCGACGGACGACGCGGGUCAUCUGGAGUUCGUGGUGGAGAAUCGCUUCCUCUACUAUUUGUUCACUUUCGGCACCGAGCUGGGAAACGAGCUCUUCUACCUCAGCUUCUUCCCCUUCCUGCUGUGGAACGUGGACGUCCCGCUGGGCCGGCGGCUGAUCAUGGUGUGGGUGUGGGUCAUGUACCUGGGUCAGUGCACCAAAGACCUCCUGGGCUGGUCGCGACCCGCCUCGCCGCCCGUCGUCAAGGUGGAGCUCUUGUACGACUCCGAGUACGGCAUGCCCUCCACUCAUGCCAUGUCCGCCACUGCCAUUCCCUUCGCGCUCUUCUUCCUCACCUUCGGACGCUGGCAGUACUCAUUUUGGCUGGGUUUGGCCGUGGCGCUGUGCUGGUGCCUGCUGGUGUGCGUCAGCCGCAUCUACAUGGGCAUGCACUCGUUUCUGGACGUGAUGGCGGGCGUGGCCUACAGCGCGCUGAUCCUGCCGCUGCUUUUGCCGGCGCUGGACGCGGCGGACGAGCUGGUGGCGUCGAGCGGCUACGCGGCUGGGGCGGCGGCGGCCGUCCACGCUGCCCUAGGCCUGCUGUCCUCCGGGCUGGACGGCUGGAGCACGUCACGGGCCGACACGGCGCGGAUCCUGGGCUCGGGCGCCGGCGUGGCUCUGGGCUCGCGCGCCGAGAGACUGCUGGGCCUGCUGCCCCCUGGGGGCUCACCUGCCGGCGGCCUGUCACUAGCUGCGCUGCGCUGGCUGGCCGGAGUGCCAGUGCUGCUGGCCACACGUGCGCUGACCGAGGCGCUGCUGACGGCGGCGCUACAACGACGUCCCCGGUCAGAAAUUCCCCGCCGCUACCUGGUCUAUGGCGCCGUGGGAUUCAACGUGCUCUUCCUGGCGCCGCUCGUCUUCCGCCUGCUGCGACUUAACUAAGAGGCCGCCUCUGCCGGCUGUCUGAGCAAUCGCCAGGAAAACUGACUGCAUGGCAGAUUGUGGUUGGGGUUAGGAUUUCACCAUCAUUUUAUCUGCUUUCCUUGUAGCUUCCCCAUUGAUUUUUGUUGUUGUUAUUGUCAAGACCAUUACGAUCAUGUGACUUUGCUGAAAAAUUCAUAUUUUUCCUAGAGUUGUCCGAUAAUGACUUUUUCACCGAUAUCCUAACGUUGUCCAACUCUGCGGUGUUGGUGGACCAUAUUAAUGCCGGAUGCUUUCAUCACAACUAAAGAAUUUCAAGAGAAAUUGCGACGGUUACUUUUAGCGAUGGCAGCUGGUAUUUCGUGGUCACUUUGUUUAUAUUGGUUCACUUCCUAUUAAUACGCGGGCAUUUUGGGGUCACUUCCUGUUCCUUUCGGUGUUACUCUCUGUUGAUAUCGGGUCACUUCCUGUAGAUUUGGGGGCAAUUCAGGGGCACGCUCUAUUGAUGUGGAGGCAUUUCAGGGUCCAAAAUACUGAAUGACAGAUUUUGUCCUUUGGGACAUUUAAAUGGGUGCUGUAAUCCUGUGAUGACGCUCAAAUGAAAAGUUGAUUUUUUUGUAACUACAGUAUAUUUUUUUAAACAAUAAAAAAUACAGAAAACGUCAA